AUGAAGAACCUCCUACCUUUCGCGGUCGUAUCGCUUAAGCUCGCCGUCCUAGCCACCCUGACUCAUUUGGUGCGCACGGGACAGCUUCUCGACGACGGGCGAACCUGCUUCUUCUUCCUCUACGCCGCAUCCUUCCUGCUCUAUGCCAUCUCAUCCCUGUGCGACCCCGGUUAUCUAAAAUGUUGCCCCCUAGCAUACGUACCCAAUGAUGAGAGAGCUGCAUUCAAAGCUACCUUAAGUGAACGCACCGGGGAACAUGACAAAAGGAAAGAUGUACCAAAAGCUUCUUCCAUCACACAUGAUGAAAUAACAUCAUCGGAUUCGUUGUCCUCCGAGACAGUCAGUACCGAUGGCGAGCUGGACAGCCUAACGAUUAUUCACCACAAGGACUACAGCAGAGUCAUUACAGAGAGGAGAGUACGGAAAAGACAGAAGGGUGCCACCAUGCGAUGCGUCCACCGAGACGACCGAGACCGCCCAGACAAGCGCCAAAACCUCCCACACAGCCUGGACCAACCCGAUGAGGAUUUCCUCUCCUCCACAAACCAAACGAGGGACGCAUGUCGAGAGAGCAGAAGAGAGGUCGUCAAAUUUGAAGAGAAGUCUCAUCCCCAAGCCGGGCGAAGAGUUCACCUCCGAUUGGGAAGCCUCCAAUUGAGAACCCCCCGAUUGAGAAGCCCCCCCUGGUAUAACCUCCGUCUGAUUACCCCCAUUGGGAUCAGAGCAAGAGUGAAUGAGAGGGGCCCCUCCAAGUACAAACCCCUUUCUGUUCUCUCUGUGCUUUCUCUUCUUUCUGUGACACAACUACACCACGUGGGAUGCAACGCUGGAGAGUACCAUGCGGGAUCAACUUACGUGAAGAAAACGAUAAGGGAUCCACGUAAAGGCACGACAAUCAUAUGCUCCAUGGAUGUUAAAAUGAAGCCGUCUACAAUCUUUCGCGUGCGCGGUGGUGAGAUGUACCAGUAUGGUACGCCACUCUCUUACUGCUAUGUGUGCGGCGUUGUGCAGAUUCUGCGGAGUAAGCAUUGCAACGCCUGCCACAGGUGCGUCCGCACAUUCGAUCACCACUGUCCAUGGAUUAAUAACUGCGUUGCAGAAAACAACAGAGCCUCUUACUUAGUGUACCUCGUCUUUGAAGCCAUGACGGUUUUUCACGCACUGAGGUUAAUCUCCAGGGUCCUCUUAGGGAUGCUCUUUGGAGAAAAUGGGUUCGUUUGA